AAAAAAUCUAAACGGCCGUUUUCCAAACAAAAAUCUUGCAAUUACGUAAACGGCGCCACUACUUCGUCGAUAUUUCACCGCCAUCACUCGUUUGAUUGAUGGUCGAAAUCGUGAACGGCUGAGGGCGGACCAAAGGGAUGACGUCAUUUUGUGCAUCUCCGCAUUUCCACUGCUCCAAACCUCUGAGCCUACGCUUUCGAGCCUCCGCUGCCGACGUACCGGAUUUCUUCUCCGCCGACUGGCUUGAAUCCCGCAAGAAAAGACCUUCUGGUCCAAGACUGAAUUUUAGUGCGGAGGAAGCCGUUAGAUACCAACUUGAUGCAUUGAUGUUGAAUGACCAACCCCGGCCUGAUUAUGGCAUUGAAGUCAUGUAUAGGUUUGCAGGAUUCGAUCCUUUUGAAAGAUCCACCUAUUUUGGUCCCUUCUUUGAUUUAGGUCAGGUCAGUGGAAUGUUUGAAAGAUUUCGGCGAAUCUUUCAUCACUCUAGCUACAGAGUUUUACUUGGUCAUCGGGAAAGAAAGAUCCUGAGCACUUUAAAUGUUAAGGAGGAUUGCUAUAAGCAACGUGUGUGGGUAAGAGGGGCCAGACCUGAGGAAGAAGAAGUAUUUCAGUUUACCAUGAUCCAGAGAGUUGGUGGUUCUUGGGAUGGUUAUUGGCUGACAGAAUCAGUUCUUCAUGAUGGAGAUAGCUUUUCCGGUGGAGUCGCCUACUGACAUAUGGAAGGCCAUUUGUAAGUAUCAGACUUGUUAUAGGUAGCCUGUGGAUGUGUAUAAUUCAAGAGUUACUAUUAAUAAAUAGCUUGUAUAAUAGAUUACUAAUUUGUACAGAUUUGAUAAUUUCAUUCA